AUGCCAACUGAGAUUCUGUUGAUGAUAAUGGACUGUUUACCAUCGAUUCAUGUUUUAUAUUCAUUUUUCGGUACAAGCAAACGAUAUCAUCAGAUAAUUCAGAGAUAUAUGCGGGAAAUCAAUCUGACAGAUGCUGAUCCGUGUAUUACUGAAUUUUUUUGCACUAUAUUACUCCCGUCAAUUAGAUUAAAUAUUCAGAGUCUAAUAUUAAAUGAUAUUGAAACAUUUGAAAAAAUAUUUUCAUUUCGUUCAGAAUCUAUUACUCAACUAUUUCCUCAUUUGAAACAUUUCGAAAUUGUUAAACGUUUUGACAUUAGUCGAUUGUUUAUGUAUUCUAUUCAAUCGUUUCGAUUAUUAUUCAGCUUGAAGCUUGAAAUAGUUAAUUUAAAGUCCGAUGAAAUGUUUAAAGCAAUAUUGUUUUGUGACCAAUCGAUGAUCACAGUUUUAAACAUAAAAUGUCGAGAAUCAAUUCUUCAUUUGCAAAAUCAACCGUAUAAUUUAUCAUUGACGAUUCGAAAAUUAACAGUAACGUUGGGAUUUUAUGACGAUUUUCUUCAUUUACUAAAUCACAUGCCAGUCAUUGAAUAUGUAGACGUUACAGUGGAUAAAAUUGACGACAGAGAAGACUUGAAUAUGUCGAAUAAAUUUCAUUAUUUGACUGAAUUCUAUUUUAUUCUUCUAAGAAUGACCACGAAGUAUAGUCGAAUUAAUUCUCUAUUGAGUUUAUGUCGUAAAUUAGAGCGAUUAUCAGUAAAUAUAUGUUCCAACUGUCAAGAGUUCAUUGAUGGUUAUUAUCUUACACGUAAGUCCGUUUAA